GCCGAAGUUUUCCGAAGGUGACGUCACGGCGCUUCGCCCCUCUCGCGCUGGCUCGCGCUGCUGCUGCUGCUGCUGGAGGAACAGCGGCGGAGAGAAGAGGAGUAAUGGCGGCCCGGACUCUCCUACAGCACCGCGCGCUUCUCCCCGCGCGCCUCCCGCCGCCUCUCCGCCCGGACUCCGCGCGCUCUCAGCCCGCACACAAUAUGCACUUGUACGGUCAGUUCCCAACCUGUGAGGAUUUCUCUCUUCAGUGCAGCGUCUGCAGCCGAGUCGUCCAGCCUCAGGACUUCCUGAGCGUUACGGUAGUUGGGGAAUAGUUGCACACUGAGCAGAGAGGACAGCGUCCCCACCACAACCCCCUCAAACCAUGCACAGCAAAAACAACCAGAGGAGACAGGGUUCUCUGGGUGGUUCUGGAGCUCCUCUGGUUCAGAUGAAGGGUAAAGUGUCUCAGGCUGAGGUGGAGCCGCUGCAGUUCCGAGUGCCGCGAGAGUUCCCGCACUCGCGCUUCAGCAGAGCGCCGCUCGCCGUCUACCCGCCUAAAGGAGGACGAACCAAAGCCUGUGUUUCCUUGCCGGUGGUGAGUCUGGAAAAGAUGCCGUGUUUCACCAGAUCAGAAGGAGCACCCGUUAAAGUCACCUCCACCACCUCCACCCUUUCUGUUCCCUCCUCCACUUCUUCCUCUGUGUCUUCCUCCACAACCUCCUCCCCCCUCAAACCUGCUCUCACAUCACCGGCAUCCCAGAAGAACCAGGAGAAGCUGCUGAACGGCCGCGGCCCCGUCACCCCGCGCUCCACCACCCCCCCUCAGCUUAUAGACAGAAGACCCAGCCCCUCCCGGUCCCCCCUCGACAAACACACCACCCAAUCACCAUCACCGUCACCAUCACCAUCAUCUUCAUCACACAAACCCAGCUCCUCUCCAUCUCCUUCCACCCCAGACAGAAGACCCGGAGUCCCCCCCUCCCCCUCAGACAGGAAACAACCAAAUGGAGCCAAAGCCAGCCGGCAUAGGAAAGUAUCAGCCCAGCUCCAACCCGUCCACCAAAGGAAAGGAAGAGUCUUCGACCCGAAUAAACACUGUGGAGUUUUGGACCCUGAGAGCCAGCGGCCCUGUACCCGCUCUCUAACCUGCAAGACUCACUCUCUGGCUCAUCGGCGGGCGGUACCGGGGAGGAAGAGGGUGUUCGAUAUCCUGCUGGCGGAGCAUAAGGGGCGGGCUAAUGAGAAGGAGGCGGGGCAGAAGAAGGAAACAGCGAGCGGCCAAUCAGCUCAGUGCACGUCAUCACCUGACACCUCGUCCAGCCUAUCCACCGGCUGUAAUAACGGCAAGGCCACGCCCACUCUCAAACUGCGACUGGCCAACGCGCACACACACAGGGGUUCUGGUGGCGGGGGUGCGGUGGUGCUCAGCUCUACACCAGUGCCGGUGCCAGCGCCCGACCCGGUUCUGCCCGGCUGGCUGAAGUUGGGUGGAGACGCUCCUGUAUCCAGUGAUGAAGGAGAAGCUGAGCUUCCUGAGGAGAAACCUGCCUAUUAUCACACCCCCUCCCACCCCCAACCAAUCAGUUGGUGUGGGUUCAGUACUCGGCUGAUGGGACGAGGACACUUCGUGUUUGACCGGCGGUGGGACAGGAUGAGGCUCGCGCUGCACUGCAUGGUGGAGAAACACGUCAACGCCCAGAUGUGGAGGAAAGUCCCCCUGGUGGCCGACUGUGUGGUCAGCUCGUCCCCCCUGCGAUACCCCGCCAGCCCCACCCCUGCCCUCCCCCACGGACUGGACGGGGUUUCCGUGGUGUCGUACUCAACCCCCUUCUCUCACAACGGGACGGGGGUGUUCUGCAUCCGGGACCCAGACCCCGGCCCCGCCCCCAGGCUCCCUCAGACUAAAGCAGCUAAACCGGCGAGAACCGGUUUAGGAGAGGGGGUGGCGGCUAAAAGACGGAAGCCGCCUCCCACCUCCGACACCACCGCAGCGUAUCGUAAGAACGGGAACGGCGGCUACCACCCGCCCCCAGGCCCCGCCCACAUCAGUAACGGGGCGGCGGCCCUGAGCGUACGGGCUAAGCCCCGGUCGGGGGACUCGGACCGGUACUCGGGCGCGGAGCUGCCCCUCCCCCCGGCGCUGACCGGGGACCACGGCAACGUCUCGUCCCUCAGCCCGCUGCCCUGCGGCCCCGCCCACUCACGCAAACGCAGGACCUCGGGCCCCGGGGACCGGCCCGCCAAGAUCUCCAGGACCACAGGACUCGCCGGGAUCUUCAGAAAGAACAGCGCCGCCCUGCUGUCCUCCUCCACCUCCUCCACCUCCACUUCCUCCUCCACGCCCGAGACAACGUCUCACAACUCCCUCUCCAGAGCGCCUAAAGUGCAUCACUGACAGUGAGUGAGAUGGAGAGAGAGAGUCGAGCAGCUUCACAGUGGAGUCCUUCCUCCACACCUCCACCUUCAUCCUUCCCAUUCCCUGACCCCGCACCCCCCCAGCUCCCUCCCCCAGCUUCCUGCUUCACGUCUCCUGGAUUCUGAUCUGAGUUUAUGGAGGUUUAUGGAGGAGGGGGUUCAGCAGCAGUAGGUACCCACCCCUGACCCACUGACCCACUGCCCCCACGCCACCGUGUGCUGCAUCUAACCACUCUUCUGGAGGUGUGGAGCACCAUCACACGGAGGGAGGGAUGGAGGGAGGGAGGGAGGGAUGGAGGGAGGGAUGGAUGGAGGAAGGGAUGGAGAACAGGUGUGAAAAACAGCUGGUAAAAUGUUUAGUGACGCAUCAUGAAUCACACAUUCAGAUACGACUCCGCCUUUCAGGAACCGCUGUGGAUUUUUAUUUUUUACUUUUACAUUUAGUUUAUUUUUGUUUUGUUUAAACAUCAGCGGUUUAUUCUGAUCUGGAUUAUAAUGAUCUGGAUUAUGAUGAUCUGGUUUAUGAUGAUCUGGUUUAUGAUGAUCUGGAUUAUGAUGAUUUGGAUUAUGAUGAUCUGGAUUAUUAUGAACUGGUUUAUGAUGAUCUGGUUUAUGAUGAUCUGGAUUAUGAUGAUCUGGAUUAUGAUGAACUGGUUUAUGAUGAUCUGGAUUAUGAUGAUCUGGAUUAUGAUGAUCUGGAUUAUUAUGAACUGGAUUAUGAUGAUUUGGAUUAUGAUGAUCUGGAUUAUUAUGAACUGGAUUAUGAUGAUUUGGAUUAUGAUGAUCUGGAUUAUUAUGAACUGGUUUAUGAUGAACUGGUUUAUGAUGAUCUGGAUUAUGAUGAUCUGGAUUAUGAUGAUCUGGAUUAUUAUGAACUGGUUUAUGAUGAUCUGGUUUAUGAUGAUCUGGAUUAUGAUGAUCUGGAUUAUUAUGAACUGGUUUAUGAUGAUCUGGAUUAUGAUGAUCUGGAUUAUGAUGAUCUGGAUUAUGAUGAUCUGGAUUAUUCUGACCUGGAUUAUGAUGAUCUGGUUUAUUCUGAUCUGGAUUAUUCUGAUCUGGAUUAUAAUGAUCUGGUUUAUGGAUUCUGGAAGUUUCUGAUCUAAAGUGCACUUAAAGCUCCAUCACGCCUGGACUUCAGGCUCCUGAGGGAAUCAGAAUAAAGUUUCAUUAAGGGAAAAUUUUAUAAAAAGUACUUUUUUGGUGAGCUGUAUUUUUCUAAAGAGGAUGAAUUCAGGUUUUUGAGUAUUUUUUUGAGUAAGUGUUUCUGAGGAAAACAAACGUCAGGACUCACAUCCAAGUUGUAAAGCUACCCUAGCAUAGUGUUAAAAAAAAAAAACACACAAAAAAAGGAUUUUUUGUAUAAUAAUUUAUCAUUCUUUAUUCAUUUUCUAACUGACAUGAGUAGGGCUUGAGGCGUUUCGCAAAAACAAAAAAGGAGUAUAUUUGUAUGUCAUUAUAAAAGUUUAUUAAGUAUUAUUAUAGAGAUUUUAUUGUUGGAAUUAUGAGUACAUAUCUUUUUUUUGUUUGUUGUAUUUAUUAUUAGUGUAUCUCAGAGCGAAAGAAAUCUAGAGGAUUCUGUCUUCCCUGAUUAAUGUGUAUAUUUGAUUUUCAACUUUAUUGGAUUUGUAUGAAAUUUAUACUGAGAAAAAACAAUUUCCCUGGUUAUUUUUUCACUUAACCCUUUCAGACCCUGCAUGCAUUACAAUAGACAUCCUGUAUUUUCUUUAUUUUUAUUAUAUAUCUAUUUUAUUUUAUUUUUGCACAGACCACUAUUUCAGAGCUGUUUGUUUGUUGUCCAUCAGAAUAAAUCAUGAACCAGCCAAUCAACAUGUUUAUAAACCAAUUAAACAAACAGUAACUUGGCCCCGCCCACUGCAUUGAAACAACACUGGAAAACAGUAACAGUACUAGAGCCACUGAGUAACAGCUGAGUAACAGCUAAUAUUUUUACUAAUACUAAUUUAAUCAUGUAUUUUUAAAUGUUUAGAGAUGGUUUAUAAAAAUAAAAAGGUCAAUAUGAAAUACAAAAUAUUUGUAUUUACACACACAUGCUCCCAAUGCAAUGCAAAUAAAACAAAAACGAUUAAAUAUUUGAGUUUUAUCACUGGAGAAAAUUCAGGUCUGAAAGGGUUAAAGGUUGAUGAUCAUCCACACACACACACACACACACACACACACACACACACACACACACACACACACUCACACACACACACACACACACACACACACACACACACACACACACACACACACACACACUCACUACCAUACCUGUCAAGUCUCCCGUUUUGGCCGGGAAACUACCUUAUUUUACUCCUCUUUCCCGCCGUCCUCCCGUAUUAGUAUUUUCCCGUAAAUUUCCCGUAUUAUAUUAAAAAAAAACUUUACUAUUGAGGCGACAGGGCACUGGUCACUGUGUGUCUCUUAACCAAUGGUAGUACCGGUUCAAGGAGAAAGUCCCGCCUUUCAGGUGAAACAGCCAAUCAGGUUCCUGGUUUCGCGGAGCGCAAUGUAGGAAAGCCCCGCCCCCCUCGCUGUGAGAGCUAGUCGGAGCAGCUGACGUUAAAGCAUAUCUGGAUAAACAGCGAGGUAACGGAGCUAAACAUGUAAACUAUGAUGACGUUGUUUCUGAAACAGACAGAUCAAACCGACUGUGUGCUUAAGAAAAUACAGCUUGUGACUCAGUUAGCUUAACUUUACAAUUAGAUGUUCAACCUGCCCUGAUCAGCCAAUAACUAUUUCAUUUUCAAACUGUGUUUAUUAAUUUAGGUUUGCAGGCCUACUGUAAGCUAUAAUGAACGAAACUGUAUUUAUUUUAUUAGUUCAGGGCUAGUUUAAGAGUAUUGUGGUGUAAUUUAAUACUUAGAAGGGGCAGAAGAGAUGGUUGAUCUGGAGAGAGAGAAAAUGUGAAGAGGGCUGAAAUUAACUGACUGACAGGACUGGACUGAUCAAUAGAAAGUAUUAAUUAAAUUAUUAAUUGUUUAGGCCCCUUUGGACUAAUAUUUACUUAUGCAAUAUAUCUGGUCCAUGUCAUUUUUGUAAAAGCUGAUGAUUUCAUGUAAAUGUCUAGAAAUGGGUUUAACUUAGGCUGUAUUAUAAGAAUUACAUGUGUAGGAAUGUCCACAACAUUUCAGUGUCAACAAAGAUAGACCUGUCAGAUUCUGAUAAUCUAAUUGUAGUUUGUAAAAUGUUCCCAGGUGGUUAUUUAAGAUUUAUUGUAAACCUGUCUUAAAAUAUAAGGGAUUCUGAACCUCGGUUGGGUUGGUGGGCGACUCGAAGCAGGUGACGGAAAAUUUCCCUUAUUUUUAAGUCCAAAACUUGACAGGUAUGCUCACUACACACACACACACACACACACAUUCACUACACACACACUCACUACACACACUCACUAACUCUGGGACUGAACUGCUUGAAUUUUUACACCAGGAGUAAAGCAGCAUAAAGUUAUCCAAAAGCAGUGUGUAAGACUGGUGGAGGAGAACAUGAUGCCAAGAUGCAUGAAAAAAACUGUGAUUAAAAACCAGGAUUAUUCCACCAAAUAUUGAUUAUUUCUGAACUCUUAAAACUUUAUGAAUAUGAACUUGUUUUCUUUGCAUUAUUUGAGGUCUGAAAGCUCUGCAUCUUUUUUGUUAUUUCAGUCAUUUCUCAUUCUGUAAAUAAAUGCUCUAAAUGAGAAUAUUUUUAUUUGGAGUUUGGGAGAAAUGUUGUCUGUAGUUUAUAGAAUAAAACAACAAUGUUCAUUUUAUUAGCGUAGCGUCUUCUGUUCUAAAUCAGAAUCCAGAUUCAGUGGUUGCUCAGUAUGGGGUGAUAAAUCAUGUAACACUGCUGCUGUUUGAACUGUUCCUUCAAACGUACCGGAGUCAGAGCCGAGCUGCUUCAUCCCUCCUGUAGAACCGCAGGAUCAGAUUCAUCAUUCUGCAGUGUGUGAUUGAUCUCUCAGAGACACAACUCCUAAUAUUUGUAUGGGUUCCCUUUAUUUGCACAUUAAUUAUUAUUAUUAUUAUUAUUUGAUAGGAAUUUAACAUAUUUGUAUUCAUGAAAGUAUUGAAUAUACAGCUCUGUAAAAUAUGAAGAGAUCACUUCAGUUUCUGAAUCAGUUUCUGAAUCAGUUUCUGAAUCAGUUUCUCUGAUUUUGCUAUUUAUAGGUUUAUGUUUGAGUAAAAUGAACAUUGUUGUUUUAUUCUAUAAACUACAGACAACAUUUCUCCCAAAUUCCAAAUAAAAAUAUUCUCAUUUAGAGCAUUUAUUUACAGAAAAUGAGAAAUGACUGAAAUAACAAAAAAAGAUGCAGAGCUUUCAGACCUCAAAUAAUGCAAAGAAAACAAGUUCAUAUUCAUAAAGUUUUAAGAGUUCAGAAAUAAUCAAUAUUUGGUGGAAUAAUCCUGGUUGGUUUUUAAUCAGAGUUUUUUUCAUGCAUCCUGGCAUCAUGUUCUCCUCCACCAGUCUUACACACUGCUUUUGGAUAACUUUAUGCUGCUUUACUCCUGGUGUAAAAAUUCAAGCAGUUCAGUUUGGUGGUUUGAUGGUUUGUGAUCAUCCAUCUUCCUCUUGAUUAUAUUCCAGAGCUUUUCAGUUUGGUAAAAUCACCUUUUUUUCCAGAGCUGUAUUUAUACAGGCUGUCAAUGGUUUAUUAAAAAUAUAUAUUAUAUAUAUUAUAUAUACUAUAUAUAUUUUCUAAUUCAGUGGUUCUCAAACUGUGGUACGGCAGAUUACAUUAGAGAGUUUGCACAAGGCAUGCACAAAAUUAAUAAUGAUUAUUGUCAGUAUUUUUUAUUUUAUUUUUUUAUAGUUUUAGAUUUGUUAGUGUUCGGGAUCGUAUGGUUAUGAAAAACCUGGAAAAGUCAUUGAAUUAAAAAAAGCAAUUUCCAGGCCUGGAUAAGUUUAGGAAAAGUCAUGGAAAUUUUGCUCUCGAAAUCUUUGUGGUUUCAGUUUAUCGAUGGAGAAAAUCUAUAUUGAUCUAAUAAAUACAUCCAUCAGCUCAGAGUUAAUACAGUAAUUUAGCCCUAAACAAUACAGCUUAUUACAUUUUAUUAUUAAAAAUUGUGAUAAAUUUUAUGCCUAAUUCCCAAUAUUUCCUGCAUUAGGAUUAAUACUGUAGUGGAAUAAAUAAUCUGGGGUUGAAUGAGAUGCACUAGUGUGUCUCAGUAUACACUGUACUGACUGUAAACUAUAAUCAAUAAUCAAUAAUCUACUGAUAAAUAAAUAAAUGCAUUAUGGCAUAUGGUUAUUUGUGUAUAUGACCAGUUACAGGUGUUGUAGAAUGAAAGUGAAGCACCUGGUUUUAGAGCACAAUAAUUGAUUGUGGUGACGGACAGUUCUGGUGGAAACAGGAGAGUUGAGGUGCACAUUGAAUUCUGCGUGAUUUGAUCAGCCGUGGUUUUAUGAUUUUUGGAUACAAUCCGGGUUAGCACCCGAACAUCCCUUUCAGACAGCUUCCUCUUACAGCGUCCACAGUUAAUCCUGUUGGAUGUGGUUGGUUCUUCUUGGUGGUAUGCUGACGUUACCCUGGAUACCGUGGCUCUUGAUGCAUCACAAAGACUUGCUGUCUUGGUCACAGAUGCUCCAGCAAGACGUGCACCAACAAUUUGUCCUCUUUUGAACUCUGGUAUGUCUCCCAUAAUGUUGUGUGCAUUGUAAUAUUUAGAGCAGAACUGUGCUCUUACCCUGCUAAUUGAACCUUCACACUCUGCUCUUACUGGUGCAAUGUGCAAUUAAUGAAGAUUGAACACCAGGCUGCUCCAAUUUAGACAUGAAACCUAAAAUCACACACUAAAAUGAUGACAGGUGUUUCAGUUUCAUUCUCCAACCCCUGUAGCUAUUAUUUGUGAUUGUUGAUGAUGAGAGAAAAUGAAAAGAAAUGGAAAGUUUUGUACGAGAUGCAGAAGAUCAACCCCAUAAAGCCCAAAAGCCUCGACUGAAUCCAGGACUUUCUGUCGGAGACGUUUCUGGAAGGUUCUGGCAGAAACAGUAUGGAGUUCAGUCUUUAUGAUGAUUCAGCCAUAACAGAUAUAUAAUCAUGAUCAGCAAGGCCUUAUUUUUACAGUUGCAUCAUAAAAAAAUCCCACAGACUCUCAGAAAAGGUGUUUUAAAACAACAUGUGGAGGAAACGUCGUUCUGCCUGUUCUUUAUUUUUCUUGCUCUGUUGGUCUGUAAAUUCUCUACAGUUUAAUAGACGUGUAUUUUCAGGUUUGAAUUAUUUUUCAUGUUUUGAAUUUCAGCUGUUGCAUAAAUAAUUUUUUUACCUGCUUAA